CGGAUAACCCGGAAGUAGAACAGCGCAAGCUGCAGGAGCGCGUGAACGCUGCUCGUGUUGAGGAGUACCACACUGAUGCUCUUAUCCUUGCUAUGCUAAUGACUGCGCAUUAAAAUGAGCUGCGGUGUGUGCUGUAGAUUAAACGCAGACGUUUAACACCGCGUGUGUGGAGAAGGUGACGGAGUGACGCGGUGUGUCAGUGAAGGAGGCGAGUUCUGGGAGCGCAGUGUAGAUCACAAUGAGUCCUGAGCCGAGCUGAUUAGCAGUAGUGCUAACUAGCUUAGCCGAAGUUGAUCAGUGCGUUACUGUGAAAGGUGAGAUGGAGAACUACAGGAAAGCGGGCGUGGUUGAGCAGCCGUGUCUCUGUCCGUUUGCCGACCUCCUCCAUGAUGGCACUCCCGUGGUCCGGGUUCGAGACGGCAGCAAGAUCCGCAACCUGAUGCGGUUCGCUCAGAGCCGGAUGGAGGGCCGAGCGGAGAAACCGCCAGAGGGUGGCGGAGGUCAAGAGGAAGCGGAACCGAGCGCCGAAUCGCAGCUGUGCCGCCAGAUCGUGUUCACGGGCGUCGGCCCGAGCGUCUCCAAGGCCAUCACGUGCGUGGAGAUCAUGAAGCGGCGUGCGGGGGGGCUGCAUCAGGUCGCGGGGGGGCUGCAUCAGGUCACGCGGCUGCUCUACAGCUCGCUGCAGGAAACGUGGGAGCCGCUGGAGCCGAGCGCCGGCCUCGAGAGCAUCACCGUGACCCGGAACGUCCCCGCCAUCUGGGUUCUGCUCUCCAGAGACCCGCUGGACUCGAACGCGGCCGGAUACCAGGCACCCGGGAGCUUCGACGCGCUGUGGGUGCAGGCCGCCGCUAAAGAGGAUCGAGAGAAUCAGAGGAGGAGGAGCGGAGGAAGAGGAGGAGGAGGGGGAAGAGGAAAAGGACCGCGCAGACACACGAUGCGCCCCAGAGACGAACGGAAAACUUCAGGACAAGCAUCAGGAGCGCACUGAGGCUACCGCCGCCCGGUUUUACCAAAAACAGGCGGAGCUUAAGUUACGCUUGGCCGGCGAGGUUUUACAACAUCACCAUGAUAAGAGUUGAUUAUCACGCUCGUUUGUGAAUUUGGCGAGCUGCGUAACGUCAGAGAGCUCACGCUGGACAAGUCACGUCUGUAAUCUGUUCCACAGAGUCGAAUUAUCACGAGCCUCACACUGAGCUAAAGAGAUGAAAAUAACAUUUACGAGUGGUGAUGUCACGAUCGGGUUUUAAGCUCCGCCCCCAUCGAGUAUUUAAAUCAGGACACUAGAGAGGUUUUGGCCGGAAUGGGUAUAAUUUUUUUUAUUUAAAUUUUUUAAGAGAACAAAAGGAUUAUUUCAGAGUUAAUGAAGUUUUUCUUUAUUAAGUCAUUAAAAAGAACAGAACGUUCCCGUGUGUUUGGUUUUCGGGGUGUUUAAGUGACAUGACAGUAACUUUGUUGUACUUCCUUUCCCAAAGAAUAAUGAGCUUAAAUUUGAGCGUUUUGAAGUCUAUAAGAUGUGGAAAAAAAGACCAAUGUGAACAGAAAAUACUAAUAAUUGAAGUCUUUCUGUGUUCAAAGUGUGACGAUUUAGCAGAAUUACAUCAGAGUAAAGCUCAGAGUCUUGUUUACUUUCAUCUUGGUUUCAGCUUAAAGGCAUAAAUAAAUUGCUCUGUUUGUAAAAUAUUCAUAUUUUUAUCUGAAAUAAAAGCUCGUUGCAGAA